UUUAAUCUAACUUGCAAUAUGAAUCACGUGGAUACAGGGUUAUUUCUAAAAGUAUGCCGGGAUUUUGCCUGGGUUUCAGAAGGAGGGGUCACAAGGAGGCCGCAAUAUUUAUAAAACAUUAACACUGAUGUAUGAACUUGAUGUUGACUAUUAAAAAAUUGUCAGUUGGGGGGAAAGGGUCAAAAAUAAUGUGCUUGGUUCCCCGAGCGGUCGCAAGGCGGAUGUAACAGGGCUUAAAGCACAAGUUUAGAAUUAAACCCAUGGGAGCUAGUUGUAUCCCUCGUACUGGACUAGCUACAUGGCUACCGAAAAGACAGGAGAGACGUCGACGGACUUGUAUUCUCAAGUUAUCAUUCGCCCUGCUAAGAGGGCCGACCUUGACGAGCUCUUCACGUUGACGGACCAGGUGGGGUGGGACGUUUCGAAAGAAUUGCUGACCGCUUUGUUCGAUUCAUUGGAACAGGGCCAUUACAUUGUGGCUGAUCUUCACGGGAAAAUCAUAGGUUCACGAUUUGUGGUCGUUCUGGACGAAAACACGGUCAUGUUCGACUUUCUGAUAGUGGAUAAGAAAUACAGAGGGAACAGAAUAGCCAAGAAGAUAGCCGAUGCCACUUUGAAGAUUGCUGGAGAAAGAAACGUUGUGCUGUGGUCUGUUCCUGACAGGAUAGAACUUAAUAAGAAAGUGGGCAUGAAAAUUGGAGGCGGAAACCUGUAUUUCUGUGACGGCUUUUUUGAUCCGGAGACUUUGUACGUAGAUAAACAGCACGACGCAGCUGAAGUCAAAGUUGUUUCGGCAAGUGAGGUCGACUUCGAAGCGUUGCUUGCUUACGAUACUUCCAUCAUUACCUUUCAACGGAGGAAGUUUCUGAAAGUUUGGCUGGCAAAACCAUCAGCUAUUGCGUUUGUGGCUCUCACAGAUGGCGGUGAGAUCGUGGGUUAUGGUCAGGUGCAAGAAGCGCCGCAUGCCUACUUCAUUUCACCGCUUUAUGCUGAUACCCCUUCUGCAUUCAUGAUGCUACUUAAAGCAAUCAUUGAAUCUAUUCCGAAAAAUUCCAAGAUAUUCAUGAUUAUGAAUGUCGAUUAUGUAGCCUGGGCAGAGGUUCUGAAAAGGAACAAGGACAAGAUAAACGUAUACCCAGAAAACCCUAUCCAGAUGAUGUAUACUAAAGAAAAUUUGGUAAUGCCCAAAUUUUCCAGCGUUUUCGCCAUAUCUUGCACCGGCGCAUAUCCUGCUUGAAGGGUGACAGCGACACCAAUGGCGGGACAUUGCCUAGCUAAUGAGACUUUCAAAUCCAAAUGUAUA